AACUUUAAAUGUAAAAUAAAAAAUGAAAAAAACCUGAGAUUUGAAGAUGGAGUGAAGACCUGAAGAUGACCGGACAGCAACGAGGACCGGCAAUUGAUGGUGGCGGGCGGAGACGACGAGCGGAUGGCGCGGCGGCGGAGGUUCGACGACGAUUUGGACAGCAGACCUCAGACUCCACGCGGAGACGACGAUUUCUGUCUGCAAAUCGGGAUUUUAGGGGAAUCUAAGGUUGACGGAUGGACACUGAAGAAUCGGAUUGUCAAGGACGAGCCAGAGACAAAUCAAGGCUGGUGGGGGCUCGGACUAGGGGUGUAUGGCCAUGGUCUAGGUGAGUUAUGAUUGGGUGGCUAGGUUUGGACUAGGUGAGACAUUGCAGGAGCCUUGGGUUCAGCUGGACACGAGACAGUUUAUUUGACUAGGGCAAAGACUGGCUUGCUAGGGUCUUUGCUAAGGGUUGUGGAAUUUUAUGAGGCAAAUAAUGUGCAAAUAACAAUUCAGGAAUAAAAACUCUAAAGAUCU